AUGUAUCGCUCCAAUGUAUCGACACACCCUCUGGUCUCCCUAAACGGGCCCAAAAUGCAUUUCACAAAUGGUACAUGUUCGCCUGAAACAGAUGAUCAUCAGAGGCUGGAUGCUGUACUGUCCUUGCUAUUCCCCUCCACAGUCGGUGUGCAGAGCUCGCAGAAUAUUCUCGGCCAUGUCCAUUCCCUUCGCCUCUUGACUCUUUCGAAUGGGGUACGCCUGUUGUUGAAGGGCUCUCCCUUCCCCGGCACUCCUCUUUUGCGACAGGAGCGGCACCUUCUCGAGACUGAAGCUCGCUUCUUGGCUCUUCUGGGCCAAAGUGCCAAUCCAUGCAUUCCACAAUUGUAUCAUUACAACCCACAAGGAAGGGUUCUUGGCUCCUCCUACUUAAUACGACACUAUGUAAAAGGUACAGCCCUCUCAGAGAUGGAAAGCCAAGUUACAGCUCGCCAAAGAAAUGACAUUGACAGCCAUCUGGGCUUCCUGUCCAGCACCAUUGGGCAAAACGUCGCACCUGCAUUUGGCACCUUACAACAAGUCGCCGCCGGAGCUGGAAAACGUUCCUGGCGCGAAUCUUUUUGUGUUCUUUUCGAGGGCGUCCUGCGCGAUGCAGAGGACAUGUUCAUUCAUCUUCCGUACGCCGAAAUCCGCCACGAAUUGGUUCGUCUGGCCUCGGCGCUCGAUGAAGUCACUUUGCCGCGUCUAGUGGUUGCAGGCUUCGGUCGGCCGUCGCAUGUUUUGCUGGAUGAAACAUCGAAACAACUAUCCGGGGUGGUCGACUUUAGCAGCGCUUUCUGGGGUGACACGCUGAUGGCAGAGCUCUUUGAGAACCCAAGCAUCGCUGUCUUGGAAGGGGCGGGGAUGCCCUUGACUAGAACAGAGAGGGAAGAUGUCCGAUUGUUGAUGUACGCAUGUUAUCGGUUGGUUACACAGAUCACUAUACAAUACUAUCGAACCCGAGACGAGACCAAGGAAUUUGACGCCCGGCGUCGACUGAUGAGUACGAUCGCACGCAUGGUCGCUUUUGAGACGGUUUAG